AGCCGCGGUGGCGCCGGGAGCCGCAGCGCGCCCCCGCCACCGCGUCUCCGCGCUGCUCUCGUGCUCGCCCGCCCGCCCGCCAUGGCCAGCCUUAAGGACCUCGAGGGGAAGUGGCGCCUGUCGGAGAGCCAAGGCUUUGAGGAAUACAUGAAGGAGCUAGGCGUAGGGCUGGCCCUCAGGAAAAUGGGCGCCAUGGCCAAGCCAGACUGCAUCAUCACUUGUGACGGCAACAAUAUCACCAUCAAAACCGAGAGCACUUUGAAGACCACACAGUUUUCUUGUGCCCUGGGGGAGAAGUUUGAUGAAACGACAGCCGACGGGAGAAAAACUCAGACGGUCUGCACCUUCAAAGACGGCGCCCUGGUCCAGCACCAGCAGUGGGACGGCAAGGAGAGCACAAUAACAAGGAAACUGAAGGAUGGGAAGUUGGUGGUGGACUGUGUCAUGAACAAUGUCACCUGUACUCGGGUCUAUGAAAAAGUGGAGUAAGGAUUUCACCACCACCCUGGACAGGAGUUAGCUUCGAGAGUGAAUAAGCUCAGUUCCAUGAGCAGGUCAUAAAUACAGCUUCUUUUCUUUGGUUUUAUUUUUCAUGACUGUGUUCAAUUCUCUUUCUGACAAACACUUUACAUGAAGCCCAUGUCAAAGUGUUUACCUAGGAGCAUUCCUUUGGUUAGUAAAUAAAUGUGUUUGUGCUAAUUGA